AUGGAAGAAGAGCAACCUCCGGCAAAGAAACGAAACAUGGGAAGAUCUCGAAAAGGUUGUAUGAAAGGUAAAGGCGGUCCUGAGAACGCCACAUGCACUUUCCGUGGAGUUAGGCAACGGACUUGGGGUAAAUGGGUCGCUGAGAUCCGUGAGCCUAACCGUGGCACCCGCCUCUGGCUCGGCACUUUCAAUACCUCAGUCCAAGCCGCCAUGGCUUACGAUGAAGCCGCUAUGAAGCUGUACGGACCCGAGGCUAGACUCAACUUGUUACAACCACAACAAAAACAAAAACAAGAAGUAAAGAGGAACUUGUCCUUUUCUGACCACGGGUCAGGUUCUUGGUCUUAUAAGCUCGAUACGAUUCGUGGGCUGGACCUUGGUCUCGGCCCGUCUAAUGGUUCACGCGGUUCGUGGUCGGGGAGUUUUAGCAUUCCACGAGAAGAUGAUCAUCAUAAUGUUUCUUGGUUGUUACCUAAACGAAGUAGUUCACAAGAUCAAGAAAGCGUUAAUGAUGCGAGUGGCUUAGCGUUUUCGAAUAAGAUGCAACCGAGAAACUUGAUGAUGACUCCGAAGAAUGGAUCAUCGAAUGGAGUUUGGUCUAGGUUUCUUGUGGGACAAGAAAAGAAGACAGAAUAUGACGUGUCAUCAUCGUGUGGCUCGUCAGACAAUAAGGAGAGUAUAUUGGUUCCUAGUGGCAGUGGCGGAGAAGGGAUGAGUAGGCCGGAAGUGGAGGUGGAGGGGGGAACAGGGUAUUUGGAGAUGGACGAUCUUUUGGAGAUUGAUGAUUUGGGUUUGUUGAUUGGCAAAGAUGGAGAUUUCAAGAAUUGGUGUUGUGAUGAGUUUCAACAUCCAUGGAACUGGUUCUCUGAGAGGUUUUAGUUUUUCGAUGUUAUUAUUUAUUAAAUAUCUUUUAAGAUCAAUAUUUAGGAUUGUUAAUUUGUUAUAUAUAUACGUCAAGCGUCGUGGGUUCUUUCUCUGCUUGCAUGUACUCG